AUGAAAGUCAAAUCUACUCGACUUUUAAUUGUUCUUGUUUGUCUUAUAAUAAGAAUUACACAUACGAAUGCAUUAUCAAAACGACAACAAUGUCGUGAUUUUGCUGGUGAUCGUUCAAAUUGUCAACGAUUUAUUCGUUGUUUUCAUAAUUUAAGAGUUGUAUUCACAUGUGCGUCUGGUACAGCUUAUGUACCUGAAUUAAAAACAUGUGUUGCUAAAGAAUUAGUAACUGAUUGUAAUGAUUCAGUAAAUCGAGUUGGCAAGUUUUGCUUUAAUUAUUAA